CUCCCCCUUUCCCGCUAGCUAUCAUCCCGCACCCGCACGAGCUCAACCACUCUCUCUCUCUUCUACCUCUGCUCCGUCCUCCAUGGAGGGGCGAGCGAGUGUGUGAGUUGAGUCUGACUUGCAUGUGAGCCAGCCUACAGCGAGCACACGGCCCAUCCUAGACAGAGAGAGAGAGAGAGGAAGUAAUCUUGCUUGCUUGCUUAGUUGGGUUGGGUUGGGUUGUGCUUUGUGUGUGCGUCUAUGGCGCUGCCGGCGGAGAGGCGGACGGAGGAGGCCGCGGGCGUCGGCGGGUGCCGGGCGCCGGCCGGCCAGGGCGGGCUGCCCAUCGGGUUCCGGUUCCGGCCCACCGACGAGGAGCUGCUGCUGCACUACCUGCGCCGCAAGGCCCUCUCCUGCCCCCUCCCCGCCGACAUCAUCCCCGUCGCCGACCUCGCGCGCCUCCACCCAUCGGACCUGCCAGGCGAGGCCGACGGCGAGCGCUACUUCUUCCACCUGCCGGCGACGGGGUGCUGGCGGAAGGGCGGCGGCGCGGGCAGGGCGGGCGGCAGCGGCGUGUGGAGGGCCUCCGGGAAGGAGCGGCUGGUCGUGGCGCCACGCUGCGGCCGGCCUAUCGGCGCCAAGCGGACGCUCGUCUUCUGCCGCCCAGGCGGCGCGCGCACCGGCUGGGCCAUGCACGAGUACCGCCUGCUCCCCGCCGGCCUCGCCGCCUACGCCACACCCAAGAGCCUCCACGCCGCCAAGGACUGGGUGGUCUGCCGCGUGUUCAAGAAGGCCACGCCAGCGCGCCACGGCACAGCGGGGCGGCGUAGGGGGGACGCCGACGCCGACAUGACACCGGCGUCACCGUCCCCGGCGUCCUCCUGCGUGACCGAGUCGGGCAUGGAGGAGGACGAUGAUGAGACCGCCUCUAACCUGGCGCGGCGAGAGGAUUAGAGCAGCUGACCUGACCUCAAUCAUGGUCCCUGUAAUUUUCUAAUGAGUGCCCCUUUAAUUCGUCGAUCUGCUAAUGUGGUACUAGUCCGUAGUAGCAGCAGUAGUAAUCAUCAGCCCCAACUUAUCAGGAGAAACAAACCGAGCUCAAGCAAUCAGCAAACCGAGCUCAAGCAAUCAAACACCUCACCAUGUUUGACGAGUGAGCUGAGACUGAGAGCUCACUGUGAAUCAAAGAGUUCAUGUUCCAACGUUAAAUUGGAGUUCUUUUGCUCGUGAA